CAAAUUGUCCCCAUCCUACGGACAAAGACGCAGCGAAGGCAAACUGUCCUCGCACCGCAGCCCCCUUCCUCGUCGCCGGCGACCUCGCGCGCCGCCGCUACCGAGAUGCCGGUGAGGGUGGUCGACACCGCAACUCCAUCGUCCCAGCCCUCCCCAGGCCAAGACUCAAAUGCUGGACAACCAUCUCCUCCUAGCUGUUCGCUCUUAAGUGCUGGAAGAUGUUUUGCUGGAACUCAGAAUGUUUCGAGUCUGCAGAAGGAUGAAGCAUGGAAAGUUAAUGUGCGCAUCCAUGGUUGUGAUCUUGAACAGGGUUAUUUAUGUGGAACGAUGGAAGCGCUUAAUGUUCCAUUGGCAGAUACGCCUGUAGUGACAUUCUGGGAGGGGGAGAUAGUAGAUGCUAAAAAUUACACGUUUUUCACCGGCAAGUGGGAAGCAUCACCAGAGGAUGAUAUAAGGCACUGGUCCAAGUUCUCAUCAUUUACGCCUCUUCUGAGUCAGAUUGAGACAGAUGGUGGCAAGUCGUUAGACCUUAGCAACUAUCCUCAUAUAUUUAUGAGGUGGAAAGAGCAAUACUUUGUCAAUGUUGGAGUUGACUGUGGGUUAACCAUCGCUGGUUUCUACUACGUUUGCUUUUCUUGUAGUGAUGGUUCCAUUAGUGGCUUUUAUUAUGAUCCAAACAGCAGCCCAUUUCAGAAGCUUGAACUGAAGUGUACCAAUGAGAAAAAUUCUGGAUUCACCUUUUCCUCCUAUGAGCUACAGUGACAGGCUCAAUGCAUCCGGUGCCAACUUUCUAUUAGCAUAUACAGUGUGUCUAGUGAACUCAUAAUUCCUAAUGCUGUUGUAUUAAAAGAAAUGAGAGGGUGUGUAUGUAACAGUUUGUUUCCAGACAAAGCAACCUGUUACUUUGUAAUGUUAAGGGAAGCAGGCGCCAUUUCUUUUCUAAAUUUACCUUUUUGUAUUAUGCUUGUGUCAACCAUGAUGUGAUGUGUCUGAAUUCAGUUGGAUAUGGAAUGUAAAGGAUAAAUGCUGAUUCAGUGAAAUGGUAUAUACCUCUUCCCAUAA